UGUUGGUUCUUGUGCCUUGAAUUUGGGUCCACUUAAUGUCGAGGUUCUAGAUAUAGGAGUACUUUUCUUGUAAGGCUACAUAUAUUGGUUUAUAUAUGAAGGCCAGCUGGUUUGCUUUGUUGAACUAUAGACACCCAGAAAUGGCUGUGCAAGUGGUAAUGCGAAUUUCUUUCUUUCUUCUCCUGACCACCUAUGAGUUAGCAGAAGCUGCAGCACCUAUAGCAAAACCCAAUUGUUCUGAUAGCUGUGGAGAUAUUUACAUUCCAUACCCGUUUGGAAAGACUACCGAAUGUUACUUGAAUUACUGGUUCAAAAUUGUUUGCAAUGAAACUGGCGGCUCUCUUAAAGCAUUCCUACCCAGCAUUGGCAUGGAGGUCCUGGAAAUCAAUCUUACUCAUUAUUAUUUUUGGAAUGAUCCGGGACUCGUUCGAGUCAAUAUGCCAAUUAUUUCUUCCAACUGUAAGAAUAGGAGUUCCAGCCAUAUUGGUGGUGUGAAUAUCUCAGGUGGUCCUUUUUUCUUCUCAUCUUAUCGGGAUAGAUUCAUUUCAGUUGGUUGCGACAACUUCGCCAUGAUGACCGGCAUCAAUCCUAUGUGGCGGUUGGAUGCAAAUCGAAUUGCGUUGAUAAAAGCAUGAUAGAGGACAUCAAACUUAAGCACUGCUCAGGCAUCAACUGCUGCAUGAUCACAAUCCCUUCUGGGAUUCAAGUACUUAAUGCAAGUUUCAGAUGCAUAAAAGAAGAAAAUAAAGUCAGUGAAGAAUGCAAAUAUGCCUUCCUUGCAGAUGAUAAAUGGUGGAUUUCAGAAGAUAUCACUUACAAUGUGCAGUUUUUGGAAUACGUUCCUGUGGUGCUGGAGUGGACAGCAUCUGACUUUAUUACCGUGGAUCCAAACGAGCUGAGAAGACGGAACUCAGAAGGGUAUCUUACACUUUACGGGACCAAAUAUUUUUUUUUUUUUUUUUUUUGAUAGGAUACGGGACCAAAUAUUAUUAUUGCCUUAAAGGAUACCAAGGAAAUCCUUAUCUUCCCAUGGGAUGUCAAGGUCAGCUACUGUAAUUACCAACAAGCUUUCAUUUUCUCGCAUAUUAUUCGUCUAGUUUUCACUACUUUAAUUCACUCAUUUUAUUUUAUUUUAUUUAUUUGUAAAUAUACGAAUGAAAUGAAAUUUCAUUUCAUGCUCCUUUGAAAAGUACUUAGCAAACAUAUUUUUCAAACUCAAUUUAGAUUUUCUAUUAUAUUUAAUGGACUUUUAUAACUGAAAAUGAAAUAAUAUCACGAAAAUGUAUUUAAUAUUUUUUUUAAAUUUAUGAAAUAUAUAUUUACACAAAAAUAAAACUCAUUGAACAAUAAGGUAUGUAAGGGCACGAUUAUUUAACGACCCAAGAAUGACAUUGGGCUCGUGGGUAAAGGGUCCUAACAAUAUAAUUUGUAGAGAGUGGGCUUGAAAGGCAGGACCUUGGUCACAGGUCAGCAGUUUAAUCAUGGUUUUUAUGGAAGCUUUUACAUGGGAGGACUUGGCUUGACUAGCUAAGCAUUCCAUUGGUAUGGGUUGUAGGAUUUAAGUCCUCGGAUUACGUCCGAGGAGCACAGUCUCCUUCCCAUUCUCCCUUUUGCAGGAUUUUUUCCCUCCUUCCGGGGAUCCCCUUCUCCUUCGCCUUCUUUCCCUUUUAUACUAGUGUUCCUCUCCCCUUUUAGUGUCCACGUAUAAGUUUUACUUUCUGGGGUGCAGACCUGUCCUGUCAAUUCAUACCUAGAGUGGUUGGGGGUGGUUGAAAAAGUUAAAUAGCAUGGUUUGGAGUAUGGGCCUGUCAGAUGUAGGAUUCUGUAUUACGAUGUUGGUAGCUUUCUCCCUUGUCCUGCCCCUGUACUGAGUUUGUCCUUUUCUUCAGGCGUUUUGUGUGGUGCUGAGCAUAAGAUCGUCCUCGGCCAUACCCUUGUGCCUUUUUUGGGCUUUCAUUAUGCGUCCUCGGCAAUAGCUCUCCUCGACUUAGGCCUUGGGCCCUAAUGUAGAGUGGGCCUGGGCCACGAAUUCUCUGGCCCCACAAUAGCCCCUCAAAAUCCUGCUGCCCGACUUUUAGUUGGGGAGGAGGGUUUUGGUGAUGUUGGGCCCACAUCAUGGCUCGCUCAAAUUCUGUACUUUACUGAUGUUUGUGUUUUUCAAUUUGCAUGGAAGAUGUGCCGAAUUAAGAGGCAUCCCUUUAGUUUUUACUCACGCGGUGUCCUUUGAUGUUUCAGUGCUCGAGACGCACCUUCACGAGGAUCUUCAAAUCUUAGGGUUGCAGAUGGUGUUGGAAACCGAGCCAAAACCGUCUUGUCCGUAGCAUUCCUUGGAAACCUGCAUAAAUUAAACGUCACCACCUUGCCCUUUAUAUAAGUAGGAUAGGAGGUUAUUCCCCUUACACAUAAACCCUUCGGCUCCUUGCAAAAUCAUAAUCCUUCAGCCAUAAUCACAGUCUCCAUAUCCAGUGCUAUCCACCCUUAGUGCAAUAUGUUUGAGGCGCGGGUGGGGGUGAAGGAACUACACCCGCCACAAAGGCACCGGACCCUGCUGAGACUCAAGGUGAUGCGGUCUGGACAGGGGAGACACAGACUCAAGAUAAUCUUCCAUUUUGAUAAGGUGGGGAUGGUAUCUCUGACUCUUUCAGUCAAAAUCUAAAACAGGUUCUGGUCGCAUCAGAUUCUUGGUGCGUCAGAAGUAAGGUUUUUCGCCAUCAGCGCCGUCUGCUCUAUCGCAGGCGUGGCUAACAUGGAGGCUCAUCAACUUCCGGCUCCCUGCACCUUUUCUUCAACGGUGCUAGCCCCAAGUUGGGCUCUCUGCACCUUUUCUUCAACGAUGCUAGCCCCAAGUUGGGCUCUUUUGUUGCCCGAGUUAUGGGCAUGUAAAAGUAUUGAGGAAUGGUUUUCGUAGACACCGUUUUAGAACUGUUGCAUCUCUCUUCUGUUUUUUGUUCACUUCCUUGUACCUUUUCUUUUUGCUUGUGUAGUUAGUUUCUAGCAUAAGCUUAUUCAAGCUCUUUCAUUGUACGUUGUACUCUUUCUUUGUCUUAAUAAAAGAUGAAUCUGUUUCCCUCUAUAUACUUUUCUAUUUUGCAGCAAUUACUUUGUGAAUGGGUGUACUACAUGUGUAUUUUCCUUUAAUGAUACUUAGGGCAGGAAACCCUCGAACAAAAAGCUAUUAACUUUGAACUUAUCGACAUUAUCGAAUAUAAAAAUGCGAACCUACAGUAUAUUAAACUUAUGGGACUAACCGAGACAACAGCUGAGCGCUUCGUAAUGCGUGUGAGGCAACCGUCCGAGAAUGAUAAAUUCGAAAUAAACCAUCCAAGAGGGUUGCCGAGUAGUGAGGGACUUUGGCCGUGUUUUUGAUAACACCUGGCCCUAUCAUAACCGCAUCAAUUCCCCUGGUAUUGAGGAUCCGAGGGUAGACUGGGGAUUCCAUUCAGUCUAGGGACUAACCCAACUAUUAAUGGCUAACUCCUCUCCGGGGUAGAGUCUAAGGGCCAUAUAACAUCCAGGUUGAGUCUGAGGACCAUACAAGGUCUUGGUUCUGUCCAAAACUCGUAUUGUUUCUUCUGAGUAGUUGGUUUCCCUAGAGGUUUGAGUCCGAGGACCAUACAAGGCCUUGGUUCUGUCCAAAACUCGUAUUGUUUCUUCUAAGUAGUUGGUUUCCCCAGAGGCUUGAGUCCGAGGACCAUACAAGGCCUUGGUUCUGUCCAAAACUUGUAUCGUUUCUUCUAAGUAGUUGGUUUCCCCAGAGGUUUGAGUCCGAGGACCAUACAAGGCCUUAGUUCUAUCCAAAACUUGUAUUGUUUCUUCUAAGUAGUUGGUUUCCCCAGAGGCUUGAGUCCGAGGAUCAUACAAGGCCGUGGUUCUGUCCAAAACUUGUAUUUUUUCUGCUAAGUAGUUGGUUUCCCCAGAGGCUUGAGUCCGAGGACCAUACAAGGCCUUGGUUUUGUCCAAAACUUAUAUCGUUUCUUGUAAGUAGUUGGUUUCCCCAGAGGCUUGAGUCCGAGGACCAUACAAGGCCUUGGUUCUGUCCAAAACUUGUAUCGUUUCUUUUAAGUAGUUGGUUUCCCCAGAGGCUUGAGUCCGAGGACCAUACAAGGUAUUAGUUCUGUCCAAAACUUGUAUCGUUUCUUCUAAGUAGUUGGUUUCCCCAGCCUUGGUUCUGUCCAAAACUUGUAUCGUUUCUUCUAAGUAGUUGGUUUCCCCAGAGGCUUGAGUCCGAGGACCAUACAAGGCCUUGGUUCUGUCGAAAACUUAUAUUUUUUCUGCUAAGUAGUUGGUUUCCCCAGAGGCUUGAGUCCGAGGACCAUACAAGGCCUUGGUUCUGUCCAAAACUUGUAUCGUUUCUUCUAAGUAGUUGAUUUCCCCAGAGGCUUGAGUCCGAGGGCUAUACAAGGCCUUGGUUCUGUCCAAAACUUGUAUUCAUUUAUUUAUUUAUUUACUUAUUUAUUUAUUUUUCGAAGAUUAGCCCCUCGACCAAGGUGGGGAGAGUUAGCUUGAUGUUGGAAGCCCCUAGAGCUGCCCGUGCCAUUGGCACUGCGAGGCGUAGCCCCUAGCGGAAAUUUAUGUCGGAGCAACAACAGCAUGUCGCUGGAAAUGGAGGAACCUUCGCAGACCUUCGUUUGACAGAGGCUUAACUCCACCGCCACCUGUGCCAACGCGCAAGCCUUCCCACAGACGGCGCUAAUUGUAAGGGCACAAUUAUUUAACGACCCAAGAAUGACAUUGGGCUCGUGGGUAAAGGACCCUAACAAUGUAAUUUGUAGAGAGUGGGCUUGAAAGACAGGACCUUGGUCACAGGUCAGCAAUUUAAUCAUGGUUUUUAUGGAAGCUUUUACAUGGGAGGACUUGGCUUGACUAGCUAAGCAUUCUAUUGGUAUGAGUUGUAGGAUUUAAGUCCUUGGAUUGCGUCCGAGGAGCACAGUCUCCUUCCCAUUCUCCCUUUUGCAGGAUUUUUUCCCUCCUUCCGGGGAUCCCCUUCUCCUUCUCCUUCGCCUUCUUUCCCUUUUAUACUAGUGUUCCUCUCCCCUUUUAGUGUCCACGUGUAAGUUUUACUUUUUGGGGUGUAGACUUGUCCUGUCAAUCCAUACCUAGAGUGGUUGGGGGUGGUUGGAAAAGUUAAAUAGCAUGGUUUGGAGUAUGGGCCUGUCAGAUGCAGGAUUCUGUAUUACGAUGUUGGCAGCUUUCUCCCUUGUCCUGCCCCUGUACUGAGUUUGUCCUUUUCUUCAGGCGUUUUGUGUGGUGCUGAGCAUAAGAUCGUCCUCGGUCAUACCCUUGUGCCUUUUUUGGGUUUUCAUUAUGCGUCCUCGACAAUAACUCUCCUUGGCUUAGGCCUUGGGCCCUAAUGUAGAGUGGGCCUGGGCCACGAAUUCUCUGGCCCCACAAGAUAUAAUUCAUAUAACAAACGGAAGUUAAUAUGUUAUAUAUUAGAUCUCAUCUCAUAGCUUGAAAAUUUGAACAACCCUUUUUUUUAUUCCCUCUUGUCAGUUACGAUCAGUUACAUGUAACUCUUGGAAUGUUGUCACAUGACAUACUUCAUUGUUAAUUAUAUUUUUUAAAAUUUUGUGUGGUGUUUUAAUUUUCUCUCCAAUUAUUAAUUGAACAAUAUUGCAUUUGUUCUUCUUUGGCUGCAAGUGGAUUGUACUUCUUUAUUUCUUUUAGAAUUAACUCACAUGAACUAUUGGUAUUUGGUUGUAUUAUAUGAAUUUCUAAAUCAUAUAGGCACUGUGGGAAAAAAUAUCUUGAAAGUCACACAUGGAGGCUUUAAAAAGAAAAGAAAAAAAAAAUCACAUAUGGCACUAAGCAAUAGAAACUUAGUUACAAAGAUAAAAUUUGUGCAAAAAUACUGUAGACACUCGAUUUUGCACCCUUGAUUUAAUCAAGGAAGAUGACUGGAGUAACCAUCACGUACCCCAAAAAUCAUGAUUUCAUUACAUGCAUUAAUUUGUCUAUUGCAUAUCAUAAAAAUGAUCUUGAGAUUCUAAUGGUCACAACAGUAUGUCCGGUUUCUAAAUCGGACCAUCGAAUUGAAAUAUAUCACAAGAUCAAGUUUUCCCAGUUUGCAUGUAUUGUGUGGGGUGAAGCCGAUCACGUGUGAUUAAUUGAAAUUAAUUUUGAUUGGUUAAUGAUUAAAAUUAAUUAAAUGGAUUUAUGUGAUUAGUGGAGUAUUUUUCUUAAAAUGAGAUUUGUUGCAUGAGAUUAAAACAAAUAAGCUUAUAAUAUUUAAAAACUGUGGAUAAUUAAGCUUUUGGGAUAAUUAUAUUCAAAAUAAUUAUUUUAAAAGUCAUAAUUAUCACUUUGGAAUGAGGUUUAUCAUGAAAAUAACUCUGAAAUUCGUCCAAAUACAGUUUUAGAGUUGGAAAACACUUCAAAAACGUGCUAAUCAAGUAGCAGAUUUCAGAUUCAUGUUCUAAGGCACUUUUGGCAUAGUAGAACUCAAAAUUUGGACUAGGCUAUUUUUGGAAAAGUUGUAGAGAAUCGAAUUUCCCUUCAGCUGCCAAAAUUUCAUCUAAUUUGAAUUUUGAGUAAAGAUAUAUGAUCAAAAUACUGAAACUGGUUCUGAUCUAAAAAAUCAGCUUAUUCUUAUCCAAAUCUCCUUUUUUUUUUAGGAUUUUCCCCAUACGUUUUUUGCUUAUUUUUUAAGCUGAUUGUACUUAAUUUUUAAGCAAACCUAGCUUAUUUUCUAAGCAAUUAACACCUCUAUAAAAUAAGGGAUGCCUCCCAACAUUCAGGGACUCAAAUAUUCUUAAUAGCCUAUAUAUAUAUAUAUAUAUAUAUAUAUAUAUAUAAAACCAAAGCCUUUGCUGGCACCACAAUUUUCCACGUCAGCACAAUAUUUAAAAACAUUAUAACUCCUCAAAACCCUAGCAACCUUACCCCUCUCUCAAGUGAAGAAAUAUAAAGCCAUAGAACGAUUUAAUGCUGGAGAAUCCGCACUGUUCCUCACCGUGGAUACUGAAAAUAUUUUACAUGUGAUGUACUAAUUAACAAGAUGGUUUGUCAUAUCCUAAGUGUAGCUCCAGACGACUGCUCCUACGCUGGAAGGCACAGCAUGAAUGCCUUGCAUGCACUUGUCCUUCACACGAGUUGUUGUGUGGACAGAAAAUGUUCUCCGCAUACAAUUGCAUGCACAUACACCUAAACGCACGGUAUAGCAUUCAAGAUCUACAACACACGCUAUAGAGAGAUUUUCUUUGGUUUCUGCAAACUCUCCCUCUCCAGAUGUAGGAAGCUCUAAACGCACGGUAUAGCAUUCAAGAUCUACAACUCACGGUAUAGAUUUUAGCUUAUAAAGUUCAACUUUUGCAAGGUUAGUUUGUUUAUAUAUUUUGAUAGAGAAACAUGUUCAAUGUGGUACGGCUUAAUAAUCGCAUUGAUAGCCAAUAGUUAAUACCAUUUGCAAAUUCAAUUCAUGGAGUUGCAAUUUUCAUUAAAUCGUUCUAUGGCUUGAAGCACUUGCAUUUUACCAAAUUGGACAUGUCUUUAAAGUCCUUUUAUUUCUUUGGGGAAAAAAAAAGAAAAAAAAAGAGGAGAGGAUAUGUUAAAACUUGGCAUCAUCAACUUAUAAGAGAGGAUAUGUUCUUAGAUGGUAGGAAUAGGACAAAAUGGUUAUAUGUUUGUUACGCCUGACUGCCAAAAAUUGCUCAUAAAGAUGUAUGCACAUGAUCUACUUCCCUUUGCUUUAGUGAAAGAUUAAAUGCACGCCAAUGUUGAGAUCAACUACUCUAAAAAAAUAGUCUGUGCAAUCAUAAAAUAUUAUUAUUAGUAUGAAUUUUAUGGAGUUACGGUGUUCAGGAAUUAAACCAAAAUUAUUUUAAAUUAUCUAUAAUAUUUUGUCCUCCGAAAAUUUUCUCUCUUUAAUUUUAUUAUAUUCUGUUUCUUAAGCUAUAGAGAGAUUUUCUUCUUUAUUUUAAAUUUUAUGGGAUCUAAAGAGAUCUUUGAUUUCGUGAAAUAAUUUAUACUCUCUCCUUCUUUGAUUUGAUUUACUUACUAUCUUUGGCACUUGCCAUCGGCAAUUACUUAGGGCCACUCUUAUGGACUAAAUCAACUUAUUCUCCAAUCACCAUCAUUGAUAAAUGAGAAAUCAAAUCAAGGUUAUAGUUUUUCUAUUUGGUUGCUAGGGUUUUUGUUCAUGAAAUUGCUAUUUUCUAUUUAAAAAUUGCACCUGUAGAUCAAUAUUUAUAUUUCUUAACUUGGCAUUUUGCACCUAUGGCUAAAAUUUGUGUGGAUCUUUGUAAGUUCAAAAAUAUUUUCUCCAUUCACCAUGGUUUUUCAUUGAGUAAUUUCUUUCUCUCUUACUCCUCUUGACGAGUUUUGUUUUUGACUAGAAGAAAGCUUUUUUGCUUUGAAGGUCAUGCAACACCUGUCUCAUUUUAUUUGUCCUCACCACAAGGAAAACAUCUAGGUAAGGCAAAUAAUCUAUUUUAAAGUUUGAAUGGAAAUUACCAAGUACAAGAGGUAAAUCUUUAAGGGAUGAGCUUAAUUGUUUCUUAUUUUCAAUAAUAAAUCAUUUUAUUGCAAUACCGGGUUUGAGAAAUCCAAUAUGUUCAUAUCUCUAUAGAAUAGAGAAUAGUAGAAGCCAAUUUUAUUACAACUACUUAAAUUGAGUUGAUUUAAUUCCGUACAAUUACAAAGUAUAGCAUGAAAGAUAAUGGAAUUAAUUGUUGUAAUUUUUAUUUUCUUUCCAUGUUUUGAAUUUCCUCUAUAUUAUUAUUACAACUGAGCAAAGAUUGAGAAAGUAACAUUACUACACUAAUUUGAAGUUUAAUGCGUCCUUCUCAAGUCAUGGUCUUUAUUUAUAUAUUUGCAGUUUAUAUUUCUAAUCGUUGAUGAGAAAUUAAGGCUCAAUUGCGCAAUAUGUGUAAAUUCUUCAAAAGGCUACUUUAAAUAAUAUAAACGAAUGCGAAAGCAAGACACUCAAUCAAUGUCCCAACAAGUCGGAUUGUGUGAAUAUACAAGGUAGCUACCAUUGCAACAUGCCAAAAUCUCCAGUGAAGAUAGCCAUUAUAGUUAGUUGUUCAAGCCUUGGGGCAUUGUUUCUAUUCGCUAUUAUAUGGUGCUUGUACAAAAUGAUAAAGAAAAGAAACAAAAUCAAGCUCAAGAAAAAAUUCUUCAAAGAGAAUGGUGGUUUAUUAUUACAACAACAAUUAUCUUCAAAUGACAACAAUGUUCAAAGGAUAAAAUUAUUCAAUUCAAAGGAGUUGAAAAAUGCGACCGAUCAUUUUAACAAAAACAGAAUACUUGGUAAAGGUGGGCAAGGUACAGUUUAUGAAGGAAUGUUAGUUGAUGGAAGAAUUGUGGCAAUUAAAAAGUGCAACACAGUGGAUAAGGAAAAUAUUGAAAAAUUUAUUAAUGAGAUUAUCAUUCUUUCCCAAAUCAACCAUAGAAAUGUGGUCAAACUACUUGGGUGGUGUUUAGAGACAAAAGUUCCUUUGUUAGUUUAUGAAUUCAUUCCUAAUGGGACACUUUCUCAGUACAUUCAUGAAGAGAAUGAAGAGUUUCCAUUACUAACAUGGGAUAUGCGCUUAAGGAUUGCCAUAGAAGUUGCAAGAGCUCUUUCUUACUUACACUCAGCAGCUUCACUACCCAUUUACCAUCGAGAUAUAAAAUCUUCAAACAUACUCCUUGAUGAAAAAUAUAGAGCAAAAGUAGCAGACUUUGGAACUUCAAGAACAGUGGCCAUUGGCCAAACUCAUGUAACCACACUGGUAUAUGGUACUUUUGGGCACUUGGAUCCGGAAUACUUUCAAACAAGCCAAUUUACAGAAAAAAGUGAUGUUUAUAGUUUUGGAGUAGUCCUUAUUGAGCUUUUAAUUGGAAAAAAGCCAGUUUUUUUAACAAGAUCACAAGAAGAUCGAAAUUUAUCUACAUACUUCAUUCAUUCAGUAAAAGAAAACCAUCUCUUUGAUAUACUUGAUACUCAAGUAAGGAAGGACGGUAAUAAACAUGAAGUCAUGGCAAUUGCUAACCUUGCACAAAGAUGUUUGCACUUGUAUGGAAAGAAACAACCUACGAUGACAGAGAUUGUGAAGGAGUUGGAGGGAGUUCAAAUAGUUUAUCAUGAUCAACCAAAUUUUGAAGAAUUUGAUUAUUUUAGAAAUGAAGAAAUGAGGCCUUGGAAUGACAUUUCUAUUUUAUCAAGAUCAAGUUUAGAAAUAGGUGAACCUUCAUCACAAUUUGUCCUUCCAUUUUUAUCUCACUUUGAUUAAUAAAUUAUCUAUUUUGGUACUUUUUUUUCCUUGUUGUAAACUAUUAUAACUUCUUUUAGGCAUAUGCACAAUAUACUAGUCAAUGCAUACGUUCAUUUUAAAAUAUUGUGUAAGAAAUUAUGUUUAUGAGCCAUAUUUGGGGAAUUAGGUUCAAUUAUAAGAAGAAAUAGAACAUGUAGUUUAGA